AUGUUUGAAGCGCCAACGGGUGAAAAGAUCAAGUCACCCAAGCAGCUUGAGAAGUACCUCAAGGCUCAUCCGGGGAACCCAGACAUCACUGACUUUGAUUGGUCUAAUGGGGAGACUCCAAGGAGAUCUGCAAGGAUCAGUCAAAAGAUGAAGGCUACAACGCCCACUCCUGAUGACAAAGAGCCUCCCGUGAAGAAAAGACGCUCUUCUCUCAGUAAGGGUUGCACUAAAGUGGCUGCUGUUGUUGAGGAGAAAGACGAAGAGGCACAAGAAGAUGUGGCUGUUGCUAAGGAGAAUGUGGAGGCUGACAAGAAGGGAGAGGCGGAGAAUGGAGAGUCUGCUGUGAAGGAGAACAAAGAGGGUGAGAAGGAUGAGGGGCAAGCAGAAAUUGCAGAGGCUGAGAAGGAGAACAAGGAGGGUGAGAAGACUGAUGCUAAGGAGCCUAUGGAUGUGGAGACCUCUGAAGUGGAUAACAAGGAGGGAGAAGUCGUGGCAGACAAGAAAGAACCUAUGGAAGUGGAUACCUCUAAGGUGGAGAAGAAGACUGAGGAACCUUCCAAGGUUGAAGAUCUAUUAAAAUUGUGA